AUGGAGGCGGCGGCAGCGCUGAACGAGAGCGGAGCGGCAGCCCCCCGGCUGCCGGCCGGCGGCGGCAACGCCUCGCUGGAGCUCUCGUCGCGACCCCCCGCGCCCGCCGCCCUCAACCCCUGGGAUGUGAUGCUCUGCGUGUCCGGCACCGCCAUCGCCUGCGAGAACGCCCUGGUGGUUGCCAUCAUCUGCUACUCGCCCGCCCUGCGCACCCCCAUGUUCGUGCUGGUGGGCAGCCUGGCCACGGCUGACCUCCUGGCCGGUCUCGGCCUCAUCCUCAACUUCGUUUUCCAGUACGUGAUCCGCUCGGAGACGAUCAGCCUGCUGACGGUGGGCUUCCUCGUGGCCUCCUUCGCCGCCUCCGUGAGUAGCUUGCUGGCUAUCACGGUCGAUCGCUACCUCUCCCUCUACAAUGCCCUCACCUACUACUCGGAGAGGACGGUGCUCUGCAUUCACACCAUGCUGGCGGGUGCCUGGGGGGUCUCCCUCUGCCUGGGGCUGCUGCCCGUCCUGGGCUGGAACUGCCUCCACGACCGUGCCGCCUGCAGCGUCGUCAGACCCUUGACCAAGAGUAACGUGACGCUGCUGUCUGCCUCUUUCUUUCUCAUUUUCCUCAUCAUGCUCCAUCUCUACAUCGAGAUCUGCAAGAUCGUCUGCAGGCAUGCCCACCAGAUAGCUCUCCAGCAGCACUUUCUGACUGCUUCCCACUAUGUCGCCACCAAAAAAGGAGUCGCUACCCUGGCUAUAAUCCUCGGGACUUUCGGAGCCAGCUGGCUGCCUUUUGCCAUCUACUGCGUGGUGGGGGAUCCUGACUACCCUUCUGUGUACACGUAUGCCACGCUUCUACCCGCUACCUACAAUUCCAUGAUCAACCCCAUCAUUUAUGCCUACAGAAACCAGGAAAUCCAGAGGUCCAUGUGGGUGCUCCUCUGCGGCUGCUUUCAGACUAAAGUGUCCUUUCGUUCCCGGUCCCCCAGCGAUGUCUGAGUGACUUUUCUCUGCCGCACUGCACAGAGUGACAAUCUCCCGAGUGGACUAUUACAGUGCCUGUUCUAAACUUCAAACUACAUUGUGAAAUCAUUGGAAACAUGCUUAAGUAUUUGCACUUUAUACAUAUUUGUAUCUCUGAGAGUGGUUCAGGGUGUGGAGUUUUGGGUUCCAUCAAAAUAAUAACAAUGUGGUUGUAUAUAAAUCUGCACAUCACAUUUGUGAAGUGAAGACAUUCUGGUACCGCUUAAUUAUAGCACCUUAUUUCUAGCUGCUCACCUGCCAAAACAGUGUUGCCUUUCUGAAGGGCAGAUAGAAAGAAAGUUGUGUUUGUGUUGUAUUUAUACGUGUGUGUGUCUGGGGGGGGAGACGGGGCUGGGAGUGUAUGUAUGUAUGUGUGUAUCGAUACCUUGCUGCACAAUAUUGAUAAAUUAUAACAUUUUGUAUACAAA